AUGGAACAUGAGGCUACCCAGCUAGAAAAGCAGCACGUGCAUAGUGUGUAUGAAAAUACAGCUGCCUACUUUAGUGAUCUGCAGAGCAAAGCAUGGCCUCGUGUUCGAAACUUCCUGCUGGAACAAAAGCCUGGCAGUCUUGUUGCUGAUAUAGGUUGCGGAACUGGAAAGUAUCUCAGUGUCAACAGUCAGGUGUAUAAUGUCGGCUGUGAUUACUGUGGACCAUUGAUAGAGAUUGCAAGGAGGAAAGAUGAUGAAGUUCUGGUAUGUGACAACCUUAACCUUCCCUUUAGGGACCAAUGCUUCAAUGCAGUCAUUUCCAUUGGAGUGAUCCAUCAUUUCUCAACUAAACAAAGGAGAAUCAAAGCAAUAAAGGAAAUGGCAAGGGUAUUGAUACCCGGAGGGCAGAUGAUGAUUUAUGUUUGGGCUAUGGAACAAAAGAAUCGUCGCUUUGAGAAACAAGACGUGUUUGUUCCUUGGAACAAGGCCUUGUGCUCACGGCAUUUUUCAGAAUCGAAUCAAUCUGCAGAUAAGGGUGAGUUUGUGCAUGCUGUAAAAAGCCGAGAUGUACACCCUGCACAGCUAGUCAUCUCUGACUGCAGCUACCAAACCAAUCUGCAGCCAGAAACUGAUUCAAAACGUUCCCGAAAUACGGACCAUUGCUUAUCCAGAGCCUGCUGCAUGAAAAUUUCUGAAGAAAACAGAUUUUACAGUGCUCUAGGAAGGUCUUUCCGCUCAUGGUUUUUCUCCAGAUCACUUGAUGAAUCAGCCCUGAGAAAGCAAACUGACAAGAUGAAACCUCUGAAGAAUGAGGGAGAAUGGGCAAACAGUACCGUACCCGUUCAGCACUCGCGACACUGCAGUUUGGAUUUAGGUCACCAUGGGGCACUGUUAAAAGAACAAAGUUUAGAUGAUGAUGAUGUGUUCGUGGAAAGCCUGCCUCUCAAAAACCCACAGUGGUCACCAGCCGCAGAUGCACUGAAGGAUUUAAGUUUAAAUGGAGGACACCAAGCUGUAGCUCAGGACAAGAGUGAAGAAGCUUCAUUUAUAAACGGCCCAGUGGAAGACAGGGACUACAGCUGCGGUUGUAAUAAAGAUGGUGCUGGCAAAUCUAAUGCCAGCAAGUUUUUCAAAAGAACUUCAACAACUGACUCCACUGACUCCGCUUUGGAUUCAGCAGUGUCUGUUGGGGACCAAACUGAUGCCACGUUGGAUACAAAAGCCUUCAUGCGUUAUUACCAUGUUUUUCGGGAAGGGGAGCUGUGCUCCCUGGUAGAAGAGAAUGUACCUGAGCUUCAGAUACUUUCUUCCUGCUAUGACCAUGGAAACUGGUGCAUUAUUGUAGAGAAAAGAGGAACGUAG